AUGGCUCGUACAAAUGAAUCAGUGGUACGUGAGUUUGUGUUGCUGGGCCUCACUAGUUCUUAUGAACUGCAGCUUUUCUUCUUUGUGAUCUUCUCUAUCAUGUAUGUGGCAUCUGUGCUGGGCAACAUCAUGAUUAUUGCUAUCAUUUCCUCUGACUCCCAUUUGAACUCUCCCAUGAACUUCCUGCUCAGAAACCUUUCCUUCAUCGACAUCUGCCAGUCCAACUUUGCCACCCCCAAGAUGCUUGUGGACUUCUUUGUUGAGCACAAAACAAUCUCCUUUGAGGGGUGCAUAACCCAGAUAUUCCUUCUUCACAGUUUUGUUGGGAGUGAGAUGAUGUUGCUUGUAGCUAUGGCAUAUGACAGAUUUAUAGCCAUACGUAAGCCCCUGCACUAUAGCACCAUUAUGAAUCAGAGACUCUGUAUGAUUUUUGUGUUUAUUUCCUGGGCUGUGGGUAUUCUUCAUUCUGUGAGUCACUUGGCUUUUAUUGUGGCUCUGCCAUUCUGUGGCCCCAAUGAGGUAGACAGCUUCUUUUGUGACCUUCCGCUGGUCAUAGAGCUGACUUGCAUAGAUAGGUAUGAAAUGGAAAUCAUGACACUAAUUAACAGUGGCCUGAUUUCACUGAGCUGUUUUCUGGCUUUAAUUAUAUCUUAUACCAUCAUUUUGAUCACUGUUCGGCACCGGUCCUCCAGUGGCUCAUCCAAGGCACUUCUCACAUUAACUGCCCACAUCACAGUGGUGAUUCUUUUCUUUGGGCCUUGCAUUUACUUCUAUAUAUGGCCUUUUAGUAGAUUUUCUGUGGAUAAGUUCCUUUCUGUGUUCUACAUUGUGUGUACACCCUUGUUGAACCCCAUCAUCUAUUCCCUGAGGAAUGAAGAUGUUAAGUCAGCUAUGAGAAAAUUAAGAAAACAUUAUGUGAACUCCUGGAAAAACUAG